AUGUCUGGAUCACGUCAUGUCCAUUUCUCUGCAAAUGACGGCGACGACCAUGACAUCACCCCUCCAGCGAAGAAACGCAGGACCGACGACGGCCCCAGCCACGACGAGUCCGGAAAAGCGAAUAGACAACUGGCCCCGACUGCCUCAUCGGGAGAGAACCCACCCCAGAUCGAUGAGAGCCUCUACUCUAGACAACUCUACGUGCUCGGGCGAGACGCCAUGUUGCGCAUGGCGCAGUCGGAUGUCCUGGUGUGCGGAAUGGGAGGACUGGGCGUGGAGAUCGCCAAGAACAUCAUUCUGGGUGGCGUCAAGUCGGUCACCAUUCACGACGAGGCCGUGUGCACGAGGCACGACCUAUCCUCGCAAUACUACCUCAGCGAGGAAAGGCUGGGCGAGAACAGAGCCUCGGCUUCCGAGGCAUCACUGGCGCGACUCAACCAGUACGUGCGUGUGGAAGCCCACACAGAGCCCCUGAACGAAGAGUUCCUGAAGAAGUUCAGUGUUGUGGUGUUGACGGAGACUCCAUUGAAAGAGCAAGAAAAAAUCGCCGCUUUUGCCCGCGAGAACAACAUUUCGCUGAUUGUUGCCGAUACCCGGGGCCUGGCGGGGCAGAUAUUCUGCGACUUCGGUGAGAACUUCCGAGUGGUGGACCCGACCGGGGAGGAGCCGCUGUCUGUUUUAAUAUCUUCCAUCACCCGGGACACGGAGGGCGUAGUGACCUGCUUGGACGAAAUGAAGCAUGGGUUCGAGGAUGGUGACUACGUCACCUUUUCCGAAGUCAAAGGCAUGACCGAGAUAAACAACUGCGCGCCGAUGAAAGUCAGGGUGCUCGGGCCAAAUGAAUUCUCCGUGGGUGACACAACGCAGUUCAGCGACUACUCCACUGGCGGCGUCGCAACUCAAGUAAAAAUGCCAAAGGACAUCAAGUUUAAAUCAUUUCGAGAGUCAAUGGCCGAGCCGGACUUCGUUAUGUCCGACUUCGCAAAGAUGGAUCGUCCUCUGCAACUCCACCUCGGAUUCCAGGCUCUCCACGAGUUCCAGCAUUCGCACUCGCGCCUUCCACGGCCUUGGAACAAGGAGGAUGCAGAGGAGCUUGUACGAUGGGCGAAACUGAGGAACACUAAGCUGGCCACACCACUAGAGCAUGUAGACGAGAGGCUGAUCACGACACUCUCCUACGUAUCGGCCGGCUCGCUGUGUCCCAUGCAGGCGGUGAUUGGCAGCAUCGCCGCCCAGGAAGUCAUGAAGGCCUGCAGCGGGAAGUUCGGGCCAAUCCAGCAGUGGUUCUACUUCGAUGCUUUCGAGUGCCUCCCGCAGGAUGCCGAAGUGUCGGAAGCGAGUGCGUACGCAAUGGAGCACACCCGUUACGCUGGGCAGGCCCGGGUUUUCGGGUGUGACGUGCAAGACCAACUAAUGUCCCAGAAUUACUUUGUGGUUGGCGCGGGAGCCAUCGGCUGUGAGCUCCUCAAGAACUUCGCCAUGAUGGGCAUCGGAGGAAACGACGGUCUCAUCCAUGUCACCGACAUGGAUGUCAUCGAGAGGUCCAACCUCAACAGGCAGUUCCUGUUUCGGCCCGAGGACGUUGGUCGAAUGAAGUCCGAGAGGGCUGCAACCGCUGUCCUUCAAAUGAACCCCGAGGUGAACAUCGAAGUCCACGAGGACAGGGUGGGUCCGGAGACGGAGAACAUCUACAACGACGACUUCUUCGAAUCUCUGGACGGCGUGGCCAACGCGCUGGACAACUUGGACGCACGUCAGUACAUGGACAGACGCUGCGUGUACUACCGGAAGCCCCUGCUCGAGUCGGGCACAAUGGGAACCAAGGGAAACGUGCAGGUUGUAAAGCCUGACAUGACCGAGUCCUACUCGUCGUCCCACGACCCACCCGAAAAAUUGAUACCAGUCUGCACCAUCAAGCAUUUCCCGAACAACAUCGAGCACACCUUGCAGUGGGCACGAGAUGAAUUCGAAGGUCUGUUCAAGCAGUCGGCUGCAAGUGCUGUCCAGUUCUUGACGGACCCCGAGUUUCUGCCUACUAAUUGUUAGUCUCCACAUCUACCGCAGGUCGUGACGCUGGAGGAGAUAAAAAAGAUUAUUGUCGAUGAGCGAGCAACCGUCUUCGACGACUGCGUUGCCUUUGCCCGGCUACGGUUCCAGCAACAGUACAACGACGAGAUACGACAACUGCUCCUCAAAUAUCCUGAGAAUCACAUCACGAGCUCCGGUGCUCCGUUCUGGUCUGGCUUCAAGCGGUGCCCUCACCCCAUCGAGUUCGACCCCAACAACCCCCUGCACAUGGACUACAUCGUGGCUGCAGCGAACCUGCGGGCCACAAUGUUUGGCAUUCCGCACAAUACAGACCGUAAGGCGAUCGCUGAAAUGCUCGAAGAUGUUGAUGUUCCAGUGCUCAAUCUCCCACCAAUCCCAGACCCGAACAACGCCGCCGACAAUGCCAACGUUCCAGUGCCACCAGACGGUGCGUGUUUAGACGUCGAGCGCUUAAACGAGCUGCUCGAAGAACUGCCCGAUUCAGAUGAGCUCGAAGACAUGCACCUUGAAACGCUGGACUUCGAGAAGGACGAUGACAGCAACUUCCACAUGGACUUCAUUGUGGCGGCCUCCAAUCUUCGCGCGGCCAACUACGACAUCGAGCCAGCAGACCGGCUCAAGAGCAAGCUCAUCGCAGGAAAGAUCAUUCCGGCCAUUGCCACCACCACGUCGCUCGUAGCGGGUCUGGCCUGCCUUGAGUUGUACAAGCUGGCCCAGGGUCACGAAAAGUUGGAGCUGUACAAGAACGGUUUCGUCAACUUGGCGUUGCCUUUCUUCGGCUUUUCCGAACCCGUUGCUCCAGUGAAGAAAAAGUUUCGCGACCAGGAGUACACCAUGUGGACAAGCAUCGACAUCGAAGGUGAGAUGACCCUGCAGGAUUUCAUGGAAAGUUUCGAAAAAGAGUUCGAGGUCGACAUCGUCAUGUUGUCCGAAGGUGCACGCAUGCUGUACUGUGAGUACAUGCCUCCGCCGGCCAGGCGUCUCAAAAUGACCGUGAGCGGCGUGGUGGAGGAACUGUCCAAGCAGAAGAUAGAUCCGGGCAAGCGCUUCCUAAUGCUUCAGCUCAUGUGCAAAGAUUUAGACGGCAAAGAAAUUGAAGUGCCCCAAGUACGCUACCAUCUGCCGACUUCAGAGGAAUCCGACCCUCAAGAGUGA